CACUUCCCACCGUCACCCAUAUCACAGAGAUAUCUAUACACCCACAUUCAACCCCUACACCCCUCUCGAAUACCUUCUGCCUGUGUCUUCCUUUCCAGAUAGAGCACCCUUCAAAACCAUCGAGGCUCUUUCGUCAUGUCACAACUCAAAAAGCCCUCAGCGACUGUAGAGAAAAACCCCGCGCUGGUUAUCAACCUCUACCGCACGCAUUUUACGUUCGACCAUAGGGAGGCGGCGCAUCAGUAUGGUGGGCCAUUGAAGGAGUUUCUGGAGACGGUGAAUCGACAAGAGCUGCCGCCGCAUGCGACGAGUUUGUUCAAGCCGGUUGAUUUUCAUCAAGGCUGCGUCCUCGUCGAGCUCCGAGAUUACCGCGUCACGCUGCACGGACAGAGCCAUGCGAAAUCAAAAGACGGGUCCGCGAUGGACGGAGAUGACUCCACCGCGCGCCCGUAUGUACGGCAGUUGGUUUUACGACCCACCCCGCAGAGUCUGUGGUCGGAUGUCUACUCGUUCGGGAAGAACGCGACGACGCAGCAGGUUCUUGCGCAGGAUAUGGCGUUGGAUAUCGAGGCGAGGGCUUUGGUAAGCACGAGCGAACCCCUCAACCUGGACCUGAACCCGAACGUAGCGCACCAAGCGAACCUGGACGCAUUCAACGGGAUGAAAUACUCGAUCCCCCGCAAACGACCCCGCGACUGGGCGGCGAAGGCGGAGGAUGAUGAGAAGAAACGGGAGAGUGAUCGGAUGAUGUUGUUUAUGGAUGAUCAUGAAAAGCGCGAGUUUCAUCCCACAUGGGCUCGAUCCAUUUUCGUCGAGGAAUGGCGCAAGAAGAAGGCGAGAGCGGAUAGUAUACCGCUGAUUACGUUGGCGGAUAAGGUCAAGGCUAAAGGCGCGGAGAUCAAGCAACUAAGCAACUGCACCCUGAACGCCGACUCGAACCUGCUCGUCAGGUCUUUGUCGUGGGAGCAGAAGUUUGAGAGGACCGGUGUCACAAUGUACUGCGUCGUCAACAUCUACGAAGCCCCCGGCGGUCAAUUCCACUGCAUUUUCCGGUGGGGCAGAGGAUUAGGGAAUGCAAAGGGCGCGGGGCGGCUGCUGGGGACGACGUUGAAGUUUCCGCUUGGCGACAAGAACGCAGCCAUCACGCAUAUCGGAAAGCUCAAGACGUACGUGGAGUUGGUGCAUACGAAGAUAUCGGAUAUUUUGAAGAAGGACGUCCCACAACCCCUCCCGAAACCCGUCCCCGCCGCCCUACCACCAAAACCCGUGACGACCGUCCCGCCGAAACCCGUCGCCGCAGGAAAACCCGCCGGCCCAUCCAAAACAACGACCAACCCCUCCAAAAUCACCCCCGGCGGUCCAUCAAAACCGGCAACGAAACAACCGACAAAACCAACAGCGGCGACCGCCAAAGUCGGCACACCGACAACAACGCAGGCGGCUGGGGGCGCCAAGAAAGCGGCGGUGAAGGGUGUGAAGCCGGAGAAUAAGACGCCGGCGGCGCCUGCACCGGCACCGGCACCGGCACCGGCACGCCCGCGCGCACCGCCGAAGAAGAAGGCGAAGACGGUCAAGGCGAAGAAGGGGGCGGGGGCGGAGUGAUGCUAUGUGGGGUUUAUCUAUCUCUAUUUUGUGGGAUGCCCCGCUGCGGCGUACGAAAACUUUUUUGGGGAGUGCCUCCCACUUCUAAACGCAAUAGUGAUUUUUUGGGCUUCAUUUGAGCGGUUUUGUGCGUUUUUCUUGUGUGUGAUGUAUGGGUGAGGGGAGAGGUUGCAAGGU